AUGAAACUUCUCAAAAGAUGCUCCGAAAAAGACGAGCCUUUCCGUUUAGGCCAGUCAUCCACAGAGCCCAUCUGCUGGCGGUCCAGGCAAGCCCUGACUGCAUCUCCGCGUCAACGUGACAGUGGCCGAUACGGCGGAGAACGUGAGAACCGACGCACCGGAAGUAACAUGGACCGUGGGGACCGACGCACUGGAAGCAACAUGGAACCCAUCGGAGGCCCCACGAGCUCCGGUAGUGCUUCGAGCGCCAAGGGCACACGGUGGAAGGCUGCCGAGGAGCUUGGUAUUCGCCUUGCGGAACUGCAUGACUUCCUUGCCAACCCCGAGGGCAACGCUUUCAUGGCCCAGCUUUCUGGGAUGUCUGCUCCCCAGCAAAUCUGGGUUGUGAGCUAG